AUGAAAUCAGACGUCCUCUUGGUGCCAGGCAACAACGACAUGUUCAAUAACCAGGCCUGGUUUUACAAUGAUCAGAACUUGAAAGAUUUUCAUAAUGCAGUUAUUUCUGGCAUCCCUCCAUCAUCUCCCUUGAAUAAUGAUGAACUAUCAUUCGAACAUUUCGUUCCACCUUCAGUAGAUCAUAUGGAUUCUCCAUCUUCAAUAGCAGCGGGCAGUCCGGACCUAUCUCACCCUCAACGAGAUGGUAGUAGCAAAUCAUGUACAAAGAAAGAAAAGUCGAGAAAGUCACGGUCUGCAAAAACACCCACAUCUGAAGAGGAUACGCCAGAGAAGAAAUCAAGAAGAAGAAGAGAACAAAACCGCCUCGCACAACGCACAUUCCGUGAGCGAAAAGAUAGAUAUAUCCAAAGCCUCGAGUCGCACAUCAAACUUCUCGAUGCCAGCCAUAAAGAUCUUCAAGCAUCAUAUCGACAAUCUACAGAUCAAAUCAAUGCGCUUUACACACAAUUACUCGAGAUCCAAGGUGAACUGGAUUAUUGGCGAUGUCUUGCGCAACCAUCUACGACCCAAGCCACUGUGACGACGACAGCGCCGACGAUAACGCCGGUUGAGGCACAUACUACGAGACAUCAGCGUCAGCAUAUUCCGGUCAUUCCGGGUAUGCAUAUACAACAUGGGCAGUUUACGUAG